CCGUUUCCAAGCGAAUGCGUACCGGGCACAAAGGAGGACAAGGGAUUCGCUCGCUCGCUUUUCUACGAGAGUCCACCUGCUAUGCUGAACUCUCUUAGCAUGGGACAAGCCAUGAAGGACAUCAGGAGAAACUGUGCCGUGAUACCAAUGUUGAUGGGAUCAGCGUUCUAUCAUAUAUGGAGGACUGGUUUCAGAUUUCACAGAGGUGUGUUUAUGGAGGUGCAGUAUCUAACAGCGCCCGUCAAGACACUCGGGGUCUGACAUUGGUAUUUCCGACUGAAAGAGCUCGCUUCUCAACUCUAUGAGCGGAGUUGUUCGAGUGGGUGACACAAAGAUGUUGAGUGGAAGCUGCGAUGCAGAGGAAGGUGAACUUUGUGCUCGAGGUUUAAGCCUCUGUUGUUUGAGCUCGAUGUCCAACAGAAGAGCUCAUCGCCCACUCUGCCUUCCGAGUUGCAGCACACUUCGUCGACCAAAGUCGCACGUACAAUCAGUUCGUCAUUUCCAAUGACAGAAAGCGAAGGGGAAGUUCUGAGUCGAAAGUUCUCAGUGCCUGGAACGCUUAGUUGCCUGCAAGUCAAGGAAUCUCUACAGCUUUGCUGUGAUCUCGUACCGAAGGCCGAGCUGCUGCUACAGCCGUCACUCCGAGCCCGACGGACAGACAGACAGCUCAUGGCUGGCU